CAGUCAAGUAGCCCCGAGACCAGGACUUGUACUGAGCAAAAGGGACGGGGAAAGUCGUCUUUCUGCCUCAAAGAAAUAUCGCCACCGACAACUUUCUUCUCUCUCUCUCUGGCGGCCGCGGUGAGGGGGAAAAAAAAUCCUUCCUUAUCUUCGUUUCUUUUCUGCGUAUGGAUCUUCUGCGUGGGGGUGGAUAAUACUCACGGCAACAAGGAAGAAACCGAGCCGCACUCGGCUUGCUGUGGGAAGCGGUGAUAAUAACGCCUCACCCGAGCGCUCCGGCAAGAGACAUUUGUCCCGAGGUGUGAUCGAAGAUGUGGAGAGAAGGGGAAGAAGUCUGUUUCCAUUGAUUUCGAGAACGUUCCCCCCCCCUCCCCUCCGGCCGUCGGUUGUGGAGUGAGUGCUAUGCACAUCCGGGCCAUCGGGCUCGAGGAGGCCAUCAUUGUUCGCUCGGGGGAAGGGGGCAGAGGCGGCCGCCUGCGCUCAGGCACCAGCAGUGGCUAUUAAACUUUACAAAAACAAUCAAAACCACUCGGGAACAUGUCCAACCAAGGGGCCAGGAGGAACGGGCCAGUCAAGUUACGUCUAACAGUGUUAUGUGCGAAGAAUUUGGUGAAGAAAGACUUCUUCAGACUACCUGAUCCCUUUGCGAAAAUAGUAGUGGACGGGUCAGGCCAGUGUCAUUCAACAGACACAGUAAAGAACACCCUAGACCCAAAGUGGAAUCAGCAUUAUGAUCUAUACAUUGGGAGGUCAGAUUCUAUAACUAUCAGCGUAUGGAAUCAUAAGAAAAUCCAUAAAAAACAGGGUGCAGGUUUUCUUGGCUGCGUACGACUCCUUUCCAAUGCCAUAAAUCGCCUUAAAGAUACUGGUUACCAGAGGCUGGAUCUAUGCAAACUGAGCCCUAAUGACAAUGAUACAGUAAGAGGGCAGAUAGUAGUGAGUCUUCAGUCUCGGGAUCGAAUAGGCAGUGGAGGUCCUGUGGUAGAUUGCAGUCGUCUGUUUGACAAUGACUUGCCAGAUGGUUGGGAAGAACGAAGAACUGCCUCAGGUCGGAUACAGUAUCUCAAUCACAUCACGCGAACAACACAGUGGGAAAGACCAACUCGACCUGCCUCUGAAUAUGCCAGUCCUGGCAGGCCACUGAGUUGUAUAGUGGAUGAGAAUACACCAAUUAGCCCAGCUAAUGGAGCUUCAUGUGGACAGACACCCGACCCAAGAAUGGCAGAGAGGAGGGUGAGGUCACAAAGACACAGGAAUUACAUGAGUCGGACUCAUUUGCACCUUCCACCUGAUCUCCCAGAAGGUUAUGAGCAAAGAACAACACAACAAGGUCAGGUGUACUUUCUGCACACACAGACCGGGGUGAGCACAUGGCAUGAUCCUCGAGUACCCAGGGAUCUUAGCAACGUAAAUUGUGAGGAACUUGGGCCAUUGCCUCCGGGCUGGGAAAUUCGCAACACGGCUACAGGAAGAGUCUAUUUUGUUGACCACAACAACAGAACAACACAGUUUACAGACCCAAGAUUGUCUGCUAAUUUACAUUUUAUUUUAAAUCGCCAGAACCACCUGAAGGAACAGCAACAGCAGCAGCAACCCCCUCCAGCUCCUCCAAUUCUCCUGCCUGAUGAAGCUGAAUGCCUCACCGUGCCUAGAUAUAAACGAGACUUAGUCCAAAAGCUCAAGAUCCUCAGACAAGAGCUGUCACAGCAACAGCCCCAGGCUGGUCACUGUCGCAUUGAAGUUUCCAGAGAGGAGAUUUUUGAGGAGUCUUACAGGCAAGUAAUGAAAAUGAGACCAAAAGACUUAUGGAAACGGCUAAUGGUGAAAUUCCGUGGUGAAGAGGGAUUAGAUUACGGAGGUGUUGCUCGGGAAUGGCUCUACCUUUUAUCUCAUGAAAUGUUGAACCCAUACUACGGACUGUUCCAAUACUCCAGGGAUGACAUCUAUACAUUACAGAUCAACCCAGAUUCUGCAGUCAAUCCUGAGCAUUUGUCUUAUUUCCAUUUUGUUGGUCGGAUAAUGGGGAUGGCAGUGUUUCACGGACACUACAUUGACGGGGGCUUCACUCUGCCCUUCUAUAAGCAGUUGUUGGGAAAGUCCAUCACACUGGAUGACAUGGAGUCUGUGGACCCAGAUCUACACAACAGCUUAGUCUGGAUUCUUGAAAAUGACAUCACAGGUGUCUUGGAUCACACGUUCUGUGUAGAACACAAUGCCUACGGAGAAAUCAUUCAACAUGAACUGAAGCCGAAUGGGAAAAGCAUCCCUGUAACAGAAGAAACCAAGAAAGAAUACGUCCGGCUCUAUGUCAACUGGCGGUUUCUACGAGGUAUUGAGGCCCAGUUUCUGGCUCUGCAGAAAGGUUUCAAUGAAGUGAUCCCACAGCAUUUGCUGAAAACAUUCGAUGAGAAGGAACUGGAGCUUAUAAUCUGUGGCCUUGGAAAGAUUGAUAUCAACGAUUGGAAAUCAAACACUAGGUUAAAACACUGUACUCCAGAUAGCAAUAUUGUUAAGUGGUUUUGGAAGGCAGUGGAGUCUUUUGAUGAAGAAAGACGAGCCCGAUUACUUCAGUUUGUCACAGGAUCCUCUCGAGUGCCUCUGCAAGGUUUCAAAGCGUUGCAAGGUGCAGCAGGUCCAAGACUUUUCACCAUCCACCAGAUUGAUGCUAGCCCUAACAAUCUCCCUAAAGCACAUACCUGCUUUAAUAGAAUUGACAUUCCUCCUUACGAGAAUUAUGAAAAACUCUAUGAGAAGCUGCUAACAGCAAUUGAAGAGACUUGUGGGUUUGCUGUGGAAUGACGUCCUCGUGAUUCGUGGGACUUUCUGUACACACCUGUCUGUGAGGGCUUUCUCCUGCCAAGGCUCCAGCAGUGCUUGGAAUACACAGGAUGUCUUUCCCUCAGGAAGAGGAAAGUGAGAGGGAGUGGAUGAUUAGGGAACUUUGAGGAAACCGGUCACCUGGCUUUCGCCAUGAGACUUUCAGCUGCUAAACUAAUACCUGAAAAAUUAAAGACUGCUGGCUUUUUAUGUUUUGAACAGUUAGCAGUAUUCUUGAUAGCAUUUCUGAUUUAAAAGACUACUACAGAAAAUACUAUUUAGACAUCUGUCUUAAGCCCAUUUACUCCUUGCUAAUUAUUAAUAGCCCCUUGCAUCAUGAUGUAGACUGCAGCAUUCGGUACAAGAUAUCGUUGAGCUGAAGUCACUAUGCCGUAACAUCACCUUUUUACCUACUGUUCAUUUAUUUGGGUGCAAAACAGAGAAAUUAUUGACAGAACUGAGCUCUAGUAGACAAUAUUCAAAAUGGAUUCUCAAGUGAAAAAUUGGCUAAAAUCUUUUAAAAGAAAUAUCCUCAGUGGUGUGUUCCAGAUUUGGAUAGACAUCUACUAAUCCAGUUUUUAAUAUAUAUAUUUAUAAUAUAUGCAUACGUAAAAUCAUCACAGGAGAAGCAUUCCACAUUAUUUCAGCCUGCUCAGUCAUAACCACUUGACCCCAGCCCUCCCAGUGAUUGAGGAGGGAUUUUUUAAUGAACUAUAUAUUACCAGCCAGCAUUGAAAAGUUUCUUAGUCUUUUUUUCUUUAUUGUUGCAUCAGUUAUUUACGUGACUUAAGGGAUAAAUACUUUAUUGUAUAUUAAAAGUGGCAAUGCUCUACAAUGUUGGUUUUUAUGCUCCCAGAACUUCGUAACGUACAGGAUAUGAUUUACAUUCCACUUUAAUUAAAGCCGGCCUGAAGGGAGCUCCUGGGAAAGCCAACAACUAUUAAAUAUAAACUUGAUGAGCAUUGUCCUCAGUUAUCCACAAGAUGAAUUAUGACCUGUAUAUUAAAUUGAGAUACAGUAGUUCAAAACCCUGGUUGACUCUUAAGGAGUUUGCAUUCAGUGUAUGAUUUUAUUUGUAAUUUUAAUGAUAGGAAAUGUUCUACAGAUCCUUUACAUUCAUGUGAGUUUUAAUAUAUUUAUAACCUGUUGACAUUCUUGUCAAAUUAUAGUAUUUCUGUACUGGGAUCACCUGUUGAUAAAGCAACCUUAUUUUUUUUUUGCCCUGCACUGCUGCCUAUCAAUUGCAAGAGCAUCAUACAACAGGAAGGUGUCCUGCGAUGAUGCUUCGUACAGUUUUGGGUGAGGCAUGAGAUUAAAUCUGAGGCUAAUACUGUGAUGAUUUUGACUUUUAAAUUAAUUGUAUCAUAACUUUUAAACCACUUUUUGCACAUCUUAGGAUUUUAAUUCUGUUUGGUCUAGAACAUGAUCCCAUUCCCACCCUCCCUCCUUCCCUCACCAUUCUGAAAUAACAGGCAUAACAUCACUAGAAGAGUUGCCGAUGGACACUUAAAACAAUCUUAUAUUAAUAAAUACCCAAUGCACACAUGGUUUUCUGACAUGAUCUAUUUCGGAACAAUACAUAACACUAUGCCUAAGCUUAUCAGUGGUGGAUUUAAAAUGAGCUGCAGACACAGAAGUAAAAGCCAAAGUUGGCAGAGUGUUGCUCUUGUAAUAAAAAGCAUGCUUCAUCAUUCAGCUGAUAGCAUCUAGCAUGCUCCCAUCGCUUCACAGACUUGAAAUAUGCUGUAAAAAUCAAAUAAUACAAUAAAGCAGACAGGAGCAGUUCACUGUAUGUAACACAUCAGUUUAUAGAAUAUUGUCUACCAGUUGUUAAAAUCUUUUUUUAUAUAUAGAUGUAAUUAGUUUACAAUUAAUCCCUUGGCUUUACUUCCCAGUUCUUUUUAAAAAAAAAGCACCAUAUUUUAUAUUGUUUUAGAUUUUCCUCAUUUCCAUUUUAUUUGUAUUUAUUACAGAGUGUUCUAGCAUCGUUAACACAUUGUAUUUCACCCCUUCCCGCUGUUACAUGGGCUUUAAUAAUUUAAUAAAAAACAAAAAAAAAACUGUGUGGAAACAAACUUUUAUGUAUGUACCCAUACAGAAUGAGCAAUAAAGUAUAUGCUGUUUGCACACUCACAGCAUAAACAUUUCAAUUUUAUCACUGUCUUCUGUAAGUUAUUCAUUAAAGCAAUAUUUAUAAGGUGACAUUCAACUAUCAUUGGUUUUAAUGUACAAUUCCUUCAACUUAACUUUGUACCUUUCACUUGCACUAAUUAGGAAGUCAACUGAAUGAAAAGUCCCGGGAUUAAUCAAAAGUCAGAAGUGCUGAUCUCUGCCAGCACAGAAUUAAAAUAGUUCUGCAGUUGAUUUUGGUAUUCCUAGAUUAAAGACAGAAUUUUGUAUUAAAUAUGCUACCAAUUUAUUAUGUCUCUCAGCGUCAUUGGGUCCAGUCCUGACACUUCCCUCUCCCGGAUCUUUCCAUGUCCAUUACAAACCUGUGGACUCUCACAUCUACCUCAAGUUGUUCUUUCUCAUUCCCUACCUCCUGUAAAGACUCUAUUUCAGUUACAUUUGCUCCUAUAGUAAGAAUACAUGAAAGUGCCCCUGAAACAUCAUCUUUCUUCCUGAUCUUUGGUGACCUCUCUGCCAAAGUGGGCAGAGUUCUUGACCACAUUUAUUCCCCUACAGCUCUGCUGUCGCAUGCUAUCCUCCUGGACAGGACAACAAGAAUUCUUUGUCCAGGAGGAUUGGAUGGAUCAUCUGUUGCAAUUUCUGUCAACUGAAGCAAAAUCCCAACACUAGUAAAUACAUUCCCCCCUUCCUUCACUUUCAGUGUUUGGAAGGAUCAGUUCCCCAUGCAACUCCCUAGUCUACUGUUCCAUUCCCAUGAACUACUCUGCAUUCUGAGACACUUAACAAUCUAACCAUGACAAGUGCAAUGCUAAUUCUUUAACCUCUUCAGAUUGAUCAGAGACCCAACCAGUUCUUGCAGCGAUUCACUUCUGCUUUCAAUGAGCAUUUGGUAUACACUGGCCCCAUUCUAUGUUGAAGAAACCAAAAGCAGGGUGGAAAACCACUUGGGGUGGAGUUCAUUGAACAGGGAAUUUAGCAUUGGAGAGGGUCUAGAGGAGGUUGACUAGAAUGAUCCCAGGAAAGGAAGGGUUAAUGAAUGGCAGAUGUCAUUACAACACCUCUUCAUAUGUGAGUGCCUCAGUAAAAAAAUGAAGUGAAGUACAUGAGUAUUUCCGGUUCCUGUGUUUUUCUUUUGGUUUGUUUUCUGGAAUUACAAAACAACAGUGGCAACGAGGAAGUUUAAAGACGAAGCUGCAAUGACAACCUACCUGUUGAAGCAUAGCACACUUUUCUUAAGGGGAGAGAGAGGAGUUUUAAGAAAGGCAGAAAAUGGAUGAAGUUCAAGCAGCUUGCGACGCACUGUUUGGAAUGUCAAGGUGUCCAGAGCUGUCAGAACAACUUCCUGCAGUCCGAUAACCAUCAUGGAGGAGGCCCCAGAACCUGAGAUUGUUUCACAGUCACAAGUUUCACCUGCCAAGCAGACAGACUCCCCUUGCCAGGAAAGAUGUUAUCUCACUUGGGUAAGAAAUCCUACACAGCAAUUAAAUCCUUAGGCCUGAAUGGAAUGAUUUUAGUAUUCACUAUGCUGUUGUAUUUUAUGUAUGUGCAUGUGUGUAUACUAUAUUGAGCUGGAGUUUAGAGCUAAGUAGGGAGGAAGGUAAUGUAUUCAAUAUUUGAGUAAAUUUUUUUGAUUAAGCGUUGUUUGUUUACGUAAUUCAUUACAGGGUAAAGGUGAGAAGCAUGUGAAUGGCGUAGGUCAGUACACCAGCACUGAAGAAAAGAAACUGUAAACAAGUAUCCCCAGCUCCUGUGUUUUUCCUUUGAUUUGAAGUUACAAAACAUAACAGCUCUGGGCCUGUACUCGCUGUAAUUUGGAAGAAUGAAGGGAGUACCUCAUUGAAACCCACUGAGUAAAGAUUUAAAUAGAGUGAAUGUUUCCUUUAGUGAGCGAGUAUAGGACCAGAGGGCACAGCCUCAGAAUAGAAGAAUGUGCUUUAGAACAGAUAAUGAGGAAUUUCUUCAGCCAGAGGGUGGUGAAUCUGGAUUUUGUUACCAUAGUUGACUGUGGAGGGCAAGUCACUGGGUAUAUUUAAAGCAAAGGUUGAUAUUUUCUUGAUGCUAAACAUGCUCUAAUACAAUUCAAGGUCGUACAUAGAGCUCAUAUGUCUAAAGAUAAACUUGCUCGGUUUUAUUCUCAUGUUAAUCCUCAAUGUGACAGAUGUCAUUUAAAUGUGGCAUCAUUGACCCACAUGUUUUGGUCAUGUCCUACCUUACAUAACUAUUGGAAGGACAUAUUUGCUACCAUUUCCUCAAUUUGGAAUAUUGAUUUACAACCUCAUUCUAUCACUGCAAUUUUUGGUAUACCAAAUGGAGAUGAUAGUCGAUUCUCCCCUUCAAUUAGACGAAUGAUUGUUUUUGUAACAUUAAUGGCCAGGAGAUCUAUAUUACAAAAUUGGAAAGAAGUAAAUCCUCCUACCACAUUUCAGUGGCUCUCUCAAACUAUUUCUUGUUUAAGCUUAGAAAAAAUUAGAAGUACUGUUUUUGAUUCAUCAAUUAAAUUUGAAGAAACUUGGGGACCGUUCAUUCGACAUUUUCAUAUGAAUUAAUUUGGCUUCUUCCAGACCUGUACUCUUUUUAUUCUUGUUCUGGUAUGGAGUUCCGGAGUUUUUGACACUAUCAUAUACAUGUAAACUAUUAUUAUUGCCCAUGUUAGUUUAGGUUUAUUUUUUUUAUUUCUUUAAAUAUACAUUUUUUCUUGUAUUUUAUACUUUAUUUUUUCUUUUGAUGAUUAUUUCUAAUCUUUUUCAUGUAU